AAUUAUCAUGGAAAAUUUCAAGUUGAAUUCGGUGUCGAGUCGAAAAUUUUGUACUCUUACCGAAACCUUCGACACAGCCCUCACUGGUUGAUAACAAAACCGCUGCGAAAACUCGGAAGAAAACAGAAACCAGAAGACCGCAGACGUUACAGCAUUGUGCAUUGACUGUCACGGUGAAGGGGGAAGGGUGAACAAGUUGUGCUGACAGAAAAGAAAGGCACGAAAGAAAAUGAGCAAGAGUCGAACCCUCCGAUUCGAAGAUGGCGCCGUGCAAUUGCGACAAAGAAUUGUUAUUAGUCUAUUAUCACAUAGACCUCUCCUCAUACGGAAUAUCCGAGCUGACGAUCUGGAACAUCCUGGUUUGAAAGAAUACGAAGCUAGCUUUUUGCGGCUUAUCGAUCGAAUUACAAACGGUAGUACAAUUGAAAUCAAUAGCACCGGAACGCAAUUGCGAUUUCUCCCGGGUGGCUUGUUGGGAGGCGAUGUUUAUCACGAAUGUCCGAAUUCGAGAUCAAUUGGAUGGUUUAUAGAGGGGAUCUUACCUUUGGCACCUUUUGGUAAGGAAAAUCUUGAGGUAACAUUCACUGGAAUUACAGACGGACUCUGCGAAAUCGACCCGUCCGUGGAUUAUUGGAAGCGGUCUACAGGGCAAAUAUUCCAGGCAUUUGGGAUAGGCGUUGACAACGACGACGACGAAAAACCUGAAAUCGAGAUUUUACAACGCGCCGCUGCACCAACCACGACUGUUGAGAAUAGCAACAAUGCAAACAACAACUUGAGGAAUUACACAGGAAAGGUUCGAUUUACCUGUCCGAUCGUCAAGCAGUCGUUGACGUCAAUUGAUUGGGUCGACCCAGGACGCAUCAAGCGUAUUCGAGGGAACGCGAUUUCGUGCAAAAUUGUGUCGUCCAGUAUGGCCGCUCGCGUAGCAUACUCCGCCAAGGGCGUUUUUCACCGACUUCUUCCGGACGUCUGGAUCCAUACUGACGUGCACACACCAAAACGAAAUCGAUGUGGGCCCAACCCAGGAAUGAUGAUGGUUGUCACGAGCGAAUCUGACACGGGAGUUACCUUGACGGCAGAAUGUUGCAUGAGCCAUCACAAUCAGCAUCAGCAAGAAAAGAACAAAAACACAAGGGGGGCGGAACUUCCAGAAGAUUUGGGAAAACGCGGCGCGUACAUGUUGCUAGAAGAAAUCAGAAGGGGCGGAUGCAUAGACACCUCGAGUCAAUCUUUGGCAUUCUUAUGGAUGGCUCUUACUCCAGAAGAUGUUUCUAGGAUUCGAGUGGGAACUCUUUCGCAGUACUCCAUUGAAACCCUACGACUCAUCAAGGAAGCAUUUGAUGUAGAAUUCAAAGUCACUCCCGACAUGGAGACAAAAACAGUGUUACUAAGUUGCUUAGGGACCGGUUAUAGAAAUAUGGCGAGAGCGAGUACAUAAGACACUUGUCAUAAGAACCUAAAAUCCCAAAAGUUAUGCAAUAUAAAUAGAAGUACUCGAUUUGAAAUUCUCGACAUUUUUGGAGAGAAAAAAGCUGAAUUCUGUAAGAAAUUUCUGAAAACAGGAAAAAUUGGUCCUAAUUUUGGAGUUUUUUAAAAAAGUUGAAAUUUACCAGAAUCUUUCACCGCACGUACAUCAAAGCAGGAAAUCCUCGACAGGAAUGACCAACGCCACUCUCCUACGGUAUUUCGUCACAAUACACCAUAUCCACUUCCCAUGGUCCCAGCCCAUCUUCACUACCAUCUAGAAAUAGAAGAGACAACAUCUCAACAACCAAUCAAGAUAUGCCAGGAACAACCUCAUCAAAAGGUUCCAAGAAAAGGUGGUUUCCACUCGAAUCAAAUCCAUCAUUGAUCAAUUCGUACAUUCAAAAACUUGGCUAUGAUACCUCGCUUUAUGAAUUUGUCGACGUAUUCUCGACGGAAGACUGGGCACUGGACAUGAUCGCACAACCUGUCGCAGCUGUUCUAAUGCUGUAUCCCCUGACCGAAAAGCAAACCAGCAACACUCAAGAUGAUGUCGUCGCAACGGCCGAAAUGAAAGACAAAGUAUGGUUCACAAAACAACGCAUCGGAAACGCCUGCGGGACCAUUGGAUUGCUUCACGCCCUCCUCAAUGCUCCGGAACCGAUCCGUAUCUUCAAGAAGGAUUCAUGGCUUGAAAAGUACGCGAACGACUGUCCCAUUUCACUCGAUCCUGUGGCGAAGGCCGAACGCUUGGAGGAGGACUCCAAGAUCGAGGAAAUGCACGACGAAGCCACCUCCAGCGAAGCCAAUGCGACCGAUCGAGGCUCCGUCAACGACGAAGUACUCACACAUUUUAUCGCAUUGGUAUGUGUCGACAACAAGCUGUACGAACUAGAUGGUCGGAAGGAGGGUCCAAUUGAUCACGGCCCGACAUCGCAAGCCACACUUCUGAAGGAUGCAACGACUGUCGUCAAGAAGUUCAUGGCGAAAGAUCCGACCGAAAUGCGAUUUACGAUUACUGCACUUGCUCCGAAAUGAAGUUCAUCAAGACAGAGGGGCGGAGCAGGCAGUUGACUAAAUACAACUAUUAGAU